ACAUUUGCACGAGGCGCUGUCGCUCACAUCGAGCUGAGGAGAAUUGAAAGCUGUGCCAGACAUUCCUGCCCUUUAUCACCCCAGCUGUGCGCUGUUUCCCUCGUUUCCCAUUUGCACCCAUCAGCACAUCAGCACCAACUCGCAGUCCCCUGGACCUUUGCGACCCUUGCCAUCUGUUGUGCCAGCCCCUCGACCGCUGCACGUCAUGGCGUACAACCAGCAGAACUAUGGGGAAGCCCAUAACAACGAAUACACUCCUGGCAGGCACGACGAGGAGGAGGUCGGCCGCUCUCUCCUGCACGAGAACGCGGCAGGCACCCAGCAAGACCCCUUCUACGGCCACCCGGAGAACCGCCCACACUCGACCUACAGUCUGACGGAGACAUACGUCACUGACCGCCCGACCCAGUAUCCGUCUGAGGCUCACGGCGGCUCUGAUGUCUACUCGGCGACUGGCGGCUACGAGCCCGCGGCCGAGUUUGGCGCUCCUCACCGCGUCGCUUCCCCAUACGAGCGCAGCGAGACCAGCUCGACUGAGGCCUGGCGACAGCGCCAGCAGCCCGGCGGCGGCGCUGCUGGUGGCCUCAAGCGUGGUAUGACACGUAAGGUCAAGCUGGUGCAAGGCUCCGUCCUGUCGGCCGACUACCCUGUGCCCUCAGCCAUCCAGAACGCCAUUCAGGCGAAGUACCGCAACGACCUCGAGAGCGGCAGCGAGGAGUUCACACACAUGCGCUACACGGCCGCGACAUGUGACCCCAACGACUUCACCCUGAAGAACGGCUACAAUCUGCGUCCGGCCAUGUACAACCGCCACACGGAGCUGCUGAUUGCCGUGACAUAUUACAACGAAGACAAGGUCCUCACCGCCCGCACUAUGCACGGUGUCAUGCAGAACAUUCGCGACAUCGUCAACCUGAAGAAGUCCGAGUUCUGGAACAAGGGUGGCCCAGCCUGGCAGAAGAUCGUUGUCUGCUUGGUUUUCGACGGUAUCGACCCCUGCGACAAGGGCACGCUCGAUCUCCUCGCCACCAUCGGUAUCUACCAGGACGGUGUCAUGAAGAAGGACAUUGACGGCAACGAGACCGUUGCCCACAUCUUCGAGUACACCACGCAGCUGUCCGUUACACCCAACCAGCAGCUCAUCCGCCCCCACGACGACAGCGCCAGCACGCUUCCCCCCGUCCAGAUGAUGUUCUGCCUGAAGCAGAAGAACACCAAGAAGAUCAACUCCCACAGAUGGCUGUUCACCGCCAUUGGCCGCAUUCUGAACCCCGAAGUCUGCAUUCUGCUCGAUGCCGGUACUAAGCCUGGUCCCAAGUCGCUGCUCGCUCUUUGGGAGGCCUUCUACAACGACAAGGAUCUCGGUGGUGCUUGUGGUGAAAUCCACGCCAUGUUGGGUAAGGGCUGGAAGAACCUGCUCAACCCGCUCGUCGCGUCCCAGAACUUCGAGUACAAGAUCAGUAACAUUCUCGACAAGCCUCUAGAGUCGUCUUUUGGAUACGUCUCUGUGUUACCUGGUGCUUUCUCUGCGUACCGUUACCGCGCCAUUAUGGGACGCCCGCUCGAGCAAUACUUCCACGGUGAUCAUACCCUGGCUAAGAUUCUUGGAAAGAAGGGUAUUGAGGGCAUGAACAUUUUCAAGAAGAACAUGUUCUUGGCCGAAGAUCGUAUUCUCUGUUUCGAGCUGGUCGCCAAGGCCGGGUCCAAGUGGCAUCUUACCUACGUCAAGGCCUCCAAGGGUGAGACCGAUGUGCCCGAGGGUGUUGCUGAAUUCAUCGGCCAGCGUCGUCGUUGGUUGAACGGUUCCUUCGCUGCUGGUAUCUACUCGCUUCUCCACUUCGGCCGCAUGUACAGUUCUGGCCACAACCUCGUCCGCAUGUUCUUCCUCCACAUCCAGAUGCUCUACACCACCGCCAACACGAUUCUCGCUUGGUUCUCUAUGGCUUCCUUCUACCUGACUACCGUUGUCAUCAUGUCUCUUGUCGGUACAAAGACAGAAGAACGAGACGCCUGGCCUUUUGGGAACACAGUGACCCCGAUCUUCAACGUCAUUGUUACCUACCUUUACCUGGCUUGUCUCGGUCUCCAGUUCAUUCUGGCGUUCGGUAAUCGUCCCAAGGGUUCAGUCGUGUCCUACCUCAUCUCGUUUUCGGUUUUCGGCCUGAUCCAGUUCUACAUCAUCAUCCUGUCCAUCUACCUCGUCGUACAGGCUUUCACGAAUCCGACAUCGCAGAAGCUCGACACUUCGUCUCCCGAGAAUUUUGCCAAAUCUUUCUUCUCGUCGAGUGGUGUUGGUAUCAUCAUCAUCGCGCUUGCGGCUACGUUCGGUCUCUACUACGUUGCGUCGUUCUUGUACAUGGACCCCUGGCACAUGUUCACAUCGUUCCCUCAGUACCUCCUGAUCAUGUCGUCUUACGUCAACAUCCUCAACGUCUACGCCUUUUCCAACUGGCACGAUGUUUCUUGGGGUACCAAGGGAUCCGACAAGGCCGAAGCUCUUCCCUCAGCGAAGACCGAAAAGGCUGCAGAUGGAAAAACUACGGUUAUCGAAGAACCGGACUUGCCACAGGCCGACAUUGACUCUCAGUUCGAAGCUACCGUCAAGCGUGCUUUGGCUCCCUACGUUCCUCCUGUUGAGGGCAACGAGAAGACUCUUGAAGAUUCGUACAAGGCUUUCCGUACCCAUCUGUGUACACUCUGGAUUGGUUCCAACGUGCUGCUCGCUGUCGUUGUUACCCAGGAUAACUUCGACCGCUUCGGUUUCUCUUCAUCCGCUACCACUCGAACGGCCCACUUCUUCCAGGCCCUUCUGUGGGCGACCGCUGGUCUGGCUCUGGUCCGUUUCUUCGGAUGUGUGUGGUUCCUCGGACGCACAGGUCUCUUCUUCUGCUUCAGGAAGCGCUAAAAUCCGAACGACUCGGCCUCCAAACGACCAACUUACGACCAUACUGCGCCACAUCACCCGCCACGGCCGCAACUGCUUAUUGGAGCUGUCUGUUCGAUUCCCCUAAUCCGUUUUCAAUCCUGCGUUUCGGCGUUUCCGGCUGUCUUACGACUCCAGCGGACUGCUGCGCGGUCGUGGACUUUGAUCAUACCAUCUUGAUACACUAAAACCAUCUGCCACACCAUGUUGGAUGGAUCACGAGAACUCAUUGUAUUACCCAUGUUACAGCACUGCGCGCUCGGGCUACUCACUUGGGCGGAUGAACGGACUUUUACAUUGCACUGUAUUUUGAGAUAUUUAGAAUGAAUACCACACUUUCAAAUCAAGA